UAACAGAAUUCUGAUUCUAAAAUCCUUCACUUUAUCAAACGUGCUGCUGCUGCUUCUAUAACGAUAGAAAUACUCCAACGAUUCAAUAAACACUUUGAUUGCUGCGAUACUACCCAUCUCAAUAACACGGAGCUUUUGCCAGACAGAGAUUAAUUACAUCAUAAAAUAGUGCCCAGCUCGGUUAUGGAUCUAAAGUGCGCAGGUCAGUACUGCGGCAAAAUGAAGAUCCGCUGUCACAAAGGCGGGUUUUCUGCAUUAACAAAGAUAUUUGCCGAAUUUACCUCUAAUACGUACCGGUGAAAAAUCAAAAGAGCACAUUCGUUAAUCCCAUUUAUGUGCAUUAAGAUCCCAGGAUAAGUGGCGCAUUGAUCCACUGUACAAUUUGUGCGGGGGUAAAUAUAAUCACGUGUCGUCGAGUCAGCCAAUAGCAGCCAGGGAAGCGUUGAGAAAUAAUUACCUGCCUUGAUUGUUCUAUGGCUCGACAAAAAAGUACACAUACACGCCAUAUAAUAAUCGGAUGCAUGUAAAAGAGUCGGGGAGGCUUCGACAUGUCGACCACGGGUCCCAUAAGUAAUUAUUAUGUGGACUCUUUGAUCAACCAUGAAAACGAAGACGUCCUCGCCGCCGCUCGCUUUUCGGCUCCCGGUUCGCACUCCGCCGGCGCUCGUGCGACGUCCUUAGUACCGGAGUGCGGCGACUACCCUUCCUGCAGCUUCGCGCCCAAGCCACCCGUCUUCUCCACCUCCUGGACCCCCGUGCACUCCCAGCCGUCAGUGGUUUACCACCCCUACAGUCACCAACCUCACUUAGGCACAGACUCGAGGUAUAUGCGGUCGUGGCUGGAGCCCAUUUCAGGCGCCGUGCCUUUCCAUGGCUACCCGGGGAACGGCAGGCACUACGGGCUGAAGCCCGACGCCUUUCAGGAGCACAGAGCCGCAGAGUGCCUCGGCUCCGGCGGACGGACGUACACGGAUUACCUGUACUGCUCGUCCACUGACAUGCGAGACAAGAUGCAGCAGAGUCUCCCUUCUCCCGAGUCGGAGCUCCUGGCUACAGGGAAACAUAAAGAGGAGAAGCCGGAGCUAGAUCCCAACAACCCGGUGGCGAAUUGGAUACACGCCCGCUCCACGAGGAAGAAGCGAUGUCCGUACACAAAGUACCAGACUCUCGAGUUGGAAAAGGAGUUUUUGUUCAAUAUGUACCUCACGAGAGACCGCCGAUUCGAGGUCGCGAGGGUCCUGAAUCUGACUGAGAGGCAGGUCAAAAUCUGGUUUCAGAACCGGCGGAUGAAGAUGAAGAAAAUGAACAAAGAAAAGAACGACAGCAAAGAACAUUAAUGAGGUGUGCAGUCACACAACAACCAUGCUAACUUGUUAAAUGGACAGCACAGAUGUACCAAACACACGACCCCCCCCCCCCCUCUUCACAAUUGUCACUUUGUUGGAUUUGUAUUAACCUUAACUUUGAGACUAAUGCUGAUUUUCAUUUUCCAGUGCAAAUUUAAGUAGCCAUAGUAUAAGAAAAAUUACAUUCUGCGUUUACUUCGAUGUUUUUAAAAAAAAGAGAAACCAUUCAAGUGCAGUUUGGACACGUUAAAACUGUCUGAAGAAAGAGAAUACUUGAAUUCUUGAAUUUUACAAACUCAUAAUUUAUGAUGUGAAUUGUUUCUUUCAUUUGUAUUCCGUAUACGUUGAUGUGCAGGUGUGGUAUUUUGUACAGAAAAAGAACAUCUGCUACCGGACGUGUGUGUCUGUCUGUAUUUUUGUGAUAAUUGUUACUGUAUUUGUGCAUCUCUUUUUCGAUUGUAACCUACGAGUUUAACUAUACAUUGUAGAUAUAGACCUCUGCAAAUAUAAAUAUUAUCACUAA